CCGCAUUCGACUGCAACACACCGAGAAUGAGACGCCUGGCGCUGUUUAUCUGCUUACUUAGCGUCUCCGCAGCAAGUUUAGAAAAGAACAAGAAGAACUUGGACGAAUUGCGAGAAAACUAUGUUGGAUCCAAUGAUAUAGACAAAAAGUCUUUUGAUUCGAUAGGAACGUCCGCUUUUGGAGGGCUAAAGAAAAGAACUUUCGAUUCGAUAGGAACCUCAGCCUUUGGAGGACUUAAGAAGAGAACUUUCGAUUCGAUUGGAACCUCGGCGUUUGGAGGACUUAAGAAGAGAACUUUUGAUUCGAUUGGAACCUCCGCUUUUGGAGGAUUAAAAAAGAGAAAUUUCGAUUCCAUUGGAAGAAAUUCGGCUUUCAGUGGUUUUAAGAGAUCAUUCGAUUCUAUUGGAGGAAGUUCCUCUUUUGGCGCUCUACGAAAGAGACCAUUCGAUUCCAUUGGAUCGUCUGCGUUCGGUGGAUUAAAGAGAUCGUUUGACGCUAUUGGAUCUUCGGCUUUCGGAGGAAUGAAAAAGAAAUCUUUCGAUUCGAUUGGUGCAAAUGCAUUUGCAGGUUUCAAAAAGAGGCAACCAAUUGAUAGAACUAAUAGUCCAUCUUUGUGGCAGCAUCGUUUAAAAUACGAACGUAAGUAGUUUAGUUUAAUGGUAUUUAUGCAACUUUUGCCAUUUCCUCUUCUUGACUAAUUAGCACCAAACAAAGAAAUAUUUCCUUUCCCUAACGCUCUUUUUGAAAGACGAUUUAAAAAGUAUCUUUCUCUUUUCUCUCUCUCUCUUCCGCUUCCUCUUUUUACGCCUAUCUCUCUCUCUCUCUCUCUCUCUCUCUCUCUCU